GUGUAAAGAUGUAGCAGCAGUGGACAUAAACAUGGGAUGCCCCAAGUCAUUCUCUAUUAGUGGAGGCAUGGGUGCUGCACUGUUGAGCAAACCAGAGCUCAUUCAUGAUAUUUUGACAACAUUGAGGAGGAACUUGGAUGUACCAGUAACAUGCAAGAUUAGAUUAUUAAAAUCUCCGCAGGAUACAGUGGAAUUGGCACGACGAAUUGAGAGGACUGGUGUCUCUGCCCUUGCUGUCCAUGGAAGGAAAGUUCAAGACAGGCCAAGAGAUCCUGCAAAGUGGAGUGAGAUUGCUGAUGUUGCUGCCGCUCUCUCUAUUCCAGUUAUAGCAAAUGGUGAUGUUUUUGAAUAUGAGGAUUUUCAACGUAUUAGAGAUGCAACAGGUGCUUCAUCUGUGAUGGUUGCAAGAGGAGCCAUUUGGAAUGCUUCUAUAUUCUCUUCCGAGGGGAAAAUACCACGGGAAGAUGUCAAAAGAGAGUAUGUGAGAAAGAGUAUAUUGUGGGAUAAUGAUAUCAAAAGCACAAAGCACACCCUGAAGGAAAUGAUAAUGCAGUACUCUUCCCUUGGGCUCCCAGAGGGACAGGCGGUAAUUAAAUCGGAUACCUUGGCUGAUCUAGCGCAACUUUAUGGUGAAGAAAAAUACUAUGAAUAUGUCACAGAAAGCCGGAGGAGUAGAUGACAUAUAUAAAUGGUUUCUCCCUCUCUGAUCGUAGAAUUCAAUACACAAAGAUAUUGCUUGGUGAGAAGACGGCCAACUAUAAUUUAUGAAGCUAGUGGAGUGUCUGAAGCAAGUGAUAGAGGUGGACCUUGCACAUGAGGUUGUUAAUGAGUUGAAGAGCAACGUAGUUGUGGCUUCUUUCCGAGCUCUGUGACUCUAUACCCGAAUGAUAUCUCUUGUUUGAGUUCAACGAAACAUACAAAAAAAAACCCUGAAGAAAUCCUCCGACUGCAAAAAUCCAAGCAAUAUCAUUGCAGGCCUUACACUAAAUUGAACAAGUGGGUUACCUCCAUAAAACAACGUGAUAGCUUUGGUUGUAUAAGGGGUACCGUUGAAGUCUUUGCUUUUUCCCUUGGUUCAUUUUGCAGACAUCCUUUGCAAAUAUUUAUGGGAAGUGAGAUUCUGAAAUCAUGUACCCUAAACAAUUUCUCCUAGUAUAUUUCUUCAAGUUUGUGAUUUUGUUUUUGAUAA